UUGUUGAGCGACGGCAGCAACCGGCGUACACAAGGGGCUUAAGCAUCCUGUGGAGAGCGCGCGAGGUCAGGCCAUGAACUUGGGAGAUGGUUUAAAGCUUGAAACGGAAUUAUUGAAUGGAAAAACCAAGCUUAUAUUAUCUCCAUAUGACCAUAAAUCAAAAAUUUCUGGAAAGAUGGGAAAUAAAACCAAGAUUGCAAAAUAUCCUUUACGAACUAAAACUGGAUACAUUCUAAAAUCACAAAAUACUUGUGUCAGGAGUGAAAAAUUUUUGCAAAAGAAAAGAAUUGGUUCAGAAACUUCACUGGUAAAAGGUGAAAAAAAUAGUAUGACUUUUUCACCCACUAAGGAUUUAUGCAAACAAUAUGCAGACAAAGACAGUCUUCAUACCGAGAAAGAAAUUUCAUUUUCACCACCUAAUAUACAGAAGACUAGAAACACCAUGAAUACAUUUGUAGUAGCUAAACAGAAGCCUUGCAGAAAGCACAUCAUAGCUGAAAAUAGAAAGAGCAGUUUGGUGUGUCUAACAGAAGACCAACUACAACGAAUUUUGAUGACUGUAAACCAAGGAAGUAAAUCUCUUACCCUGACUGAGAAUGAAAAGCAGGAGGAAACAAGUCAGUAUAGUCUAAAUUUAAACAAUAUUCCUGAAAAGCCAAAGAACGAGAACAUCAUGGGACUCCUCCAAAAAGCUGAGACUGUUUCAUCUAUUCAGGAUGAAAGCACAUCUGUUUUAAAUAAAAGUGAGGUGACAUCUAAUCAGUGUGAGCAGAAAAUUUCCACAGAGAAUGUAUGGAAACCAGCUGACAUAUUCAGUACUCUGGGAGAAAGAGAACGUGAUAGAAGUUUGUUGGAAGCAAAAAAAGCCCAGUGGAGGAAAGAGCUUGAUGAACAGGUUGCUUUAAAGAAGAAAGAAAAGGAAGCUUCUGAAAAAUGGAAUAAUCCAUGGAAAAAAUCUGAAAGUGAUAAAAUAGAAUGGGAAAAACUUCAAAUUCUGGAUCAGUUUAAGACUUCUGCCUGCUCUUCUAGCAUUCUAUCACAGUCUCCCAGUCAGGUAAUGGUGAUCCAUGCUGAUGGGCCCUCAUUGCCUAGAGCUAGUCAGACUUUACAGGAAGCAGUACUGCUGGAGCACCCUUUCAGUGCUGUGAGACAAGAACAGCAGAGAAAAUGGAUUGAAGAGUUGAACAAGCAAAUAGAAGAUGACCGGCAAAAAAAAGCAGAGGAGAAAAUGAUAUCCUCAAUGGGUGAGGAACAUGACAGAUGGGCGGUGCAUUUUGAUUCCUUAAAGAACUGUCCUGGUUCUCAGUCUCGACUGUCGUCCCAGUCAGUGCAGAAACAACCGGAGUACUUGUGUGUCUCUCCGGACACGCAGGAGCUGGCUGAUCUCAGCAGUCUUUCUACACCUACCGUCGGAAGCCAGAUUGAGCCUGCAGAGGAGGAACAUACAGUGAAGCCUGUUAGAGAUAUGGCUGUGGCAAACAUUCAGAAAACGAACUUUCUCCGUUCUAUGACUGCUCUUUUGGACCCAGCUCAGAUUGAGGAACGAGACAGGAGGCGACAAAAGCAGUUAGAACAUCAGAAAGCCAUCACUGCUCAGGUAGAAGAGAAGCGCAAGAAGAAGCAGCUCGAAGAAGAGCAGAGAAAGAAGGAGGAGCAGGAGGAGGAGCGUCGCCUCGCCCGGGAACGAGAAGAGAUGCAGAAACAGUAUGAGGAAGACAUACUUAAGCAAAAACAAAAGGAAGAAAUGAUGACUCUACAGACGAAUAAGCUGUUCCAGACGAUGCAGAGAGCGCAAGAGCUGGCACAGAGACUGAAACAAGAACAGAGAAUCCGAGAAUUGGCUCAAAAGGGACAUGACACUUCUAGAUUGAUUCAAAAUCUUGGCAUUGAUACCAUACAAGUGGAAUAUAAUGCAUCUACUAACAAUACUGCAAACUCAAGACACGGCUUGGAUAAAGUGAGUGGUAAAAUGAAUACAUAUAUCAACUCUACAACUUCUCCCAGGAAGGACACUGGUGUGCAGACAGAUGACUUAAAUACAGGAGUAUUUACCAAUACAGAAUCACACUGUGGAUCGAUAGCAGAGAGGGAAAUUAUAAAUUGUUCAUCUCCUGAGAUUGCUGCAGAAUUUAAUGAAGAGUUUAACACUAAGAAUAACAAGCAAGAACUAGUAAAUCAGAUUAAAGGAGCCAACUUAGAAAAAGAAAACAGUUGGUAUAAUGACCAGUGUAAUCAGAUCACAAGAACAGAGAAGCAAACAAAACAUAUGAAGAAAUGUCCUAAAAGGCCUGACUGGAACAUAAGUAAGCCACUGAGAAGGUAUAUUCCAGCAUCAGAAAAGUACCCUAAACAACUUCAAAAGCUGAGAGAAGAAAAAAAGGUAAGAAGGCAGAUGGAACUGCUUCAUCUGAUUGAAAGAAAUAAUUCUGGACAAAUCUCUCAAAAUAGAGGCACUUCACCAGAAGUUCUUCAUUCAUCUCAUCAAGAAACUGAGCCAAGUUUCAGGCGGCAGCUAGUCAGAAAGGAAGAAGAGCCUCUGAGAACUAAUUGUUUUAGCAGGGAAAGGUCUCAGUCGCCACCAGUUCUGGCAGUGAAAAGCAGAAUGCAACAAACUCAGACACUGAAAAAUAGUAAUUAUGAAAAAAAGAAUCUGAUCUCAGGACAUAGUCACACAGAAUUACCACCUGGGAUUUCUGAUACAUUUCAUUUUAUUCCAUAUGUUCGAACCAACGAGGUUUAUUACCUGGACCCAGAGGCCCCAUUGUCUAGGCCUGUAACCCAGGAUGCUCAGUACCAAAAUGCACAUGACCAAGAAGAAGAGCUGUUUGCCUCUGACCAUCUCAGGGACCCACUUCUCAGUCCCAACUUGGGGAAAAACAGGGAUCGACAAGCCGCCAUCCUUAAGGGACUGGCGGACCUGAGACAGAACUACAGGAAAUGAGUAAAGGCAACAUGCUGAGCACUUGGCUGCCUUCACCUUCCCCUGAGCACAUCAAGUCAAGUAUGCCAACAUCAGAGAUCCUCAAACUGACAAAGGCUCAGGGCAAUCAAAGCAUGGAGUUUCUGAUGCACUCUGGGCUGUAAGUAACUUACAGUCCCUUCUGCUUCCUCUAACUAAAAAAGCAGAAGCUCAUCAUGGUAAGUAUGUUGAAAAUGAGAGCAGGUAUAUUUAAAAAACUAAGGCAUUCCCUUACUAAGGAAAACUAGGGCUUGCUUCCCUUGUGGCUCAGCUGGUAAAGAAUCCGCCUGCACUGCGGGAAACCUGAGUUUGA